AUGUUUACAAAUUUAAUUUAUGUCCAUUUUGGUUUGAAUGAUGAUUUCCUGUAUGCACCAACUUCACUUAUUGAUUUCCUAUACACAACAUAUUAUGCAUCAAAUAUUGUUCAUUUGAAUGUUAGAGUGCGCAGUUUUGAUGAUUGUCUUUGUCUACUUGAUAGACGUUUUACGCAGUUACAUACAUUUAUUGUACAAGUUGAUAGGAUUUAUCAUACAUCAAUGAUUAUCAAAAAUACGGAAACUUUAUCUAAUUUAAAAUGUUUCUCGUUGACUUUAUUUUGGGCAACAUUAGAAUAUGAUAAUCUAAUUCUACCGCUUCUUCAUCAAAUGUCAUUCUUAGAAAAACUAACAUUAUCAUUUACAAUUCGUGACCGAAUUUCAUUUAUUGAUGGCAAUCAUUUGGUCAUUGAUAUCAUUAGUAAAAAACCCUAUCUACAUACAUUUAUUUUUGAUAUUGUCACCAACUGUGCGAUAGCCGAUGAACAACUUUUACCAACGUCUGAUGAUGUUCGAUGUCCGUUGAUCCAAAGAGGAUAUAAUGUUGGAUAUUAUAUCGACUAUCUUUAUGAUUCAAUAGGUCGAUGCCAUAUUUAUUCACUUCCGUUUACUAUGGAGCGUAUACAAGACAUUACUAUUAAGUUUCCUGGUGGUGUAUUCACACAUGUUCGUCACCUAGUUGUACAUGAUUUCUUUCGUUCUAUUGAACAUGAUUUCUUUCUUCUAAUCUCUCAAGCCUUUCCAUUACUUAAACAUAUGACUGUGGUAAGUUUAAUGGAACAAAAGAAGAAACAGUCAAAUAAAUCAGAUGAAUAUGAAGAAACAUCUUCGAUUAUUAAAUAUUCUCAUCUUACGACGCUCAAACUGAGUCAAGCUCAUAUCGACUAUGCGAAAGAACUUCUUCUUGAUUCAAACACACGUUUACCUUGUCUGAACAAAUUGUAUAUUGAUUAUGAAAAGUUGGCAAACGUCACAGAAGAUUUUACAAGUGAUGCUGCUCAUGUUAAUUGUGCAAAAUUAAAAAAUCUUAUUCUCUAUGGAUCGACAAAUAUCAAUGAAACAAACUUCUUCAAUUAUUUUCCUUUUGUUCAAUGUCGAUUUCGAUCUUAA